AUGCGACGCGAGGACUUACUGCAGGCGUUGCUGGUCCGCUUCGUGAACCCGCAACGGGAGGAACAGGAUUGGCUGCUGCUUGCGGCACUUUUUUAUUCCCUUACGAGGCUUCUGCUGCCCGCCAAGCGCAUGGAGCAGCUGUACUACAAGUACCUCCAAAUACAUGGCAGCUGUGCUGCGAUGAAGUCCGCCUGCAAGGCGUACGAAACCCAACUCGAGGAGCGGCUUCGGCAGUGCGUGGCUGGUGGCGGAAUUCCUGCCGCCACAAUGGUGACGGGGGCUCGUUGCAUGAGCAUCAGCUCCCCACAGACCUCGCGUGGUACUGGAAUUUUAACGCCGGCCACUCCGACGGGGGUUUCUGCUCCCGCAAGUGGCGCUGGUGGCGCAGACGGCGGGGAGUGUGGGUCGUUGGCGAACUUGUUUGCCCCGUUGCCGUGCGGCGGGGGAGGCGGCGUGAACGAUGGCGGCUUUGCGGGGGGGGAGGCGCUGCAGCAACUAACCCCAGAGCGGCGUCAACGCUGGCGUCGUCUGCGGCACGAAUCCAUUAGUCCCGACGUCCUCAUUGCCCUGGUGCAGCAGUUUGCCCUGGUGGAGGGUGCGGCGGUGUUUUUGGCGCCGGUACAUCCCUCGACCAUUAUGGAGUUUAACGGGGCCCGCUCGGGACCGUAUGGCACGGUUAUCAUGCACCCGCUUUCGCUGAUGUGCAUCAAGCGGAGGGUCUUGGCAUCCCGAAGAGACUACGAACUACGUCAACCAGAGAAGCGGGAUGCCGGAACCGACGCCUCUUUGGACGGAGGAAAUCUUCGGACGCGGAAGCGUGGGCGUGUGGCGGCGGCUGCCGCUAAUGAGAAAAACGAGACCGCGCGUAGGAAGACGCCAGCCGACAUCGGCGACGACGACACGGGUGCGAUUAGGACCCUGCAAGAUCUUGAGCAGGCGGUGUGGCACAUUGCCGCCAACUGUGUGGUGUUUAACGCCCCCGAGUCCUACUACCCUUUCACGGCCAGAACCUUUGCCGUUGCUUGCACGAAGAUCAUUGAAGAGUAUUGCAUGCAGCGCGUGCGUGACACAUGA